UGAGCCGGGUCUAUUUUCGAAUACGCCGAGUGAUGUGCACAGCUGAUUCUGAAAAUUGUGUUUUUUACAUUUUCGAUGACAAUAAUGUCAGACAGCAGCGAUAUUUCGCGAUUAAGUGUCACCGGCUCGUCGCAUAGAACCGAAGGUUCUCGAAGAUGAUUUAACUGAUCCCGUCCUUUUUGACGCCCGUCGGACUGCAGCCUGCAGCAGGUGGAAUAUCCUGCGUGUGUCAUUUUGUUAUUAUUCGUGUGUACUUGAGUAUCGAAAUCGCGAGCAUCAAGUGAGUUGCAAAUCAAACGACAUAAUCCUGUGCAAGGCAUGUUUUCCAAAGUAGAUUUGUUAAUACUGUGUCAUAUGUUUUUGUCGGCAAGGAUAACCUUUUCUUUUGUCAAGAGUGCUGAGCAUGGCACAGGAAGACACAAAUAAGUUAACAAGAGAAGAUUUUGAUGCUGGUCCGUGCAGCUUUGAUGAGAUCGAGCCAGGCUUGUUCCUGGGUAAUCUCACGGCUGCUACAGAUGUUGACUGGUUGAAGGAAGCUGGAAUAACUCAUAUACUAACAAUAGAUUCAUGUCCGUUGCCAAGAAAGAUCCAGGAGCGUCUCCCGAAUUUAAUCAUAAAGUAUAUACAAGUGACGGAUAUGCCGCGAGAAGAUCUGCUAACUCACUUUGGAGACUCCUAUGAUUUUAUCGAUCGUGCCCUUGACUCUGAUGGCAAGGUAUUGGUGCACUGUUACUUCGGCGUGUCGCGAUCCACUACCAUAGUGAUCGCGUAUACCAUGAAGAAGCACGAGUUGAGUUUCGCGGAUGCGCUCCAAGUAAUAAAAUCAAAGCGUCGCUUUGUCGCGCCAAAUCCUGGUUUCGUGGCGCAGUUGCGGCUCUACGAGGAUAUGAGCUAUGGCGUCGACAGUACUAAUGUGCAGUUCAAAAUGUAUCGGUUGCAGAUCGCCGCCGAUAAGGUGCGCAAGGCUCGCAUUCUUCCGCAGAGCUGCAUCGACUUGGUGAAGCCAGACCCCGCGCUGACAACCGUGCGUCCCGAGCCGUCGGUUUAUCGUUGUAAAAAGUGCCGUCGCAUCGUGGCGAGCGCCAGCAACGUUUUGCCUCAUGCACCGCGCGAGAAGCAGAUCUGGCGGCAUAUCAGUGCCAAAAGCGCCUCCAAGGACGGUGAGAGCUGUGACAAAUUGAUCCAGAGGAGAGACGAGUCGGCGCGAGUCGAGUUCUGCGACAAGAUUUACUUUGUAGAACCGUUGGCCUGGAUGCCCGAUAUUACACACAACGUUGAGGGUAAAUUAAAUUGUCCUAAAUGUAAUACAAAACUUGGUUCGUACAGCUGGAUCGCCGGCAGUCAAUGUCCCUGCGGUAGUAAGAUUGCACCGGCUUUUUAUUUGGUGCCAUCCAAGCUCGACUGGAGCAAUGUUGUGCAGAAUGUCCAAGUAACAGUAUAGUAUUAAGGUAUGGAAUAAAAAAUAUGUUGGAAAUACCAAAGCAAUUAACUUUGGAUGAAUUUAUGGAGAUGGAAAUAUUGAAUUUUGUAUUUAAUGAUAACAUUUUUCAAAGAUUUUAAAGUUCUUGAUGUGCUAAGGCAAUACAAAUCAAGAAAGAUGUUAAACGUAAAGAUGUUAAAUAAGCGUCGAAUACUUUUUAGACGCUAUAAUGUUUUGGCAUCCUUUUGAUGUUUUUUGAAUGUUUGUCUUGUUAAAUUAUAAUAUCAUAUUAUGGUCCAAGAUGAUUGAUGUAGACAUUGAUAUUUAUAACCCUCG